AUGAGCUGUGCAAAAGGUAAUACUCAAAGAACCAGACCACAAAAGCACCAAAACAGAACAGCAUUUAAAAAUGAUCUCCACGAUACAAGUAAGAAAACAAAAUUUUUGAAAAGUCUGGAGAUAAAUGGAGUAUGCGAGCGAUGUAAAGAAAUAAUAGAAUGGAAAAUAAAAUAUAAAAAGUAUAAACCACUCACGGCACCCAAAAAAUGUGUAGGAUGUGAGCAAAAAACAAUAAAACAUGCAUAUCACGUGCUUUGCUCAAAAUGUGCCACAGAAAAGAGAGUCUGUGCCAAAUGUUGCAAGCCAACAGAGAUUACAAAUAAUAGUACCGCAGAAAAGGAAGAGGAGAGCAAACUUCAAACAGCUCUUAAAAGUCUCCCAGAACGCAAAAGACGUACAUUAUUAAGGUAUCUUAAAAAACAACAAGAUGGACAAGAAACUUCUAACCAAAAUAUUGAAGAAUUAUUAGCUGGCUUAGAUGAAAUAAAUUUGGAUGAUUUCAACGAUUUUUCAAACCAGGAUGAUAGUGAAUCUGACUCAGACUUCGAAUCAUAA